UUCAGAUCCUCUUACACUUGGGGUCAUCUCUGUGAGCAUAUUUUUAGUCUUGCUGUUUACUUUGUCAUGCAGGUGUAUGAAUACGAAAAUACCGGAACCAACAGUUUGGAACCAGAUGCAGGUAUCGAAUUGGCACGUUUUUCGGUGCUGUACACUAGGGUAUCCACUAGGAAACAUAAGAAAUGGGAGGGCGAUGGAGUGCUGAUCUGCUACUCGAAUCUAGCCCUUCUGAAAACCGAAGAUGAAAAGGACGUAAUAAGCAGGUCAACUUCCGUGAAACGUAUCGAUGAUUUGGAGGAUGGCAAGGAGUUCAAGAUGGGUGUGUGGGAAGUACAAAUACAAGAACGCAUAGCACAAAAACCCAGUAACUUGAACCAAACCUUGAGUCAUGGCGAUAAAUCGGUUACGUUGUCACAUGAGACUGCGCCGGUUGAACUGAAACGAAAGACUAGAUCACCAUUGUGCGAACAGCCUCAACCGAAAAUCGCUCCUACUCAGCCACACUUUCAACGAGGCGAUUCCUUGACUUCGCGAAGUAAAUUCCGCUGUCCUCUGCUUGAGCCGCAAACCAGCGCCGAUGAGCCUCCACCAUUCAUCAUCAAUGAGGAUCGAGUAGAAGAGUACGGAGAAGAAGCCGUUAUAGGUGAUACGUUUAUUAGCAGACACCUUCGAGAACAUCAGAAAGACGGUGUGCGCUUCAUAUUUUCAAACCUACAGAAUGAAAAAGGCGUCAUUCUGGCUGAUGAAAUGGGCUUGGGAAAAAGUAUUCAAACAAUCACGGCAACACUGGCGUUGAUGAGACAGCCAAAGAGCACUAGAUAUGGCCUCAAAAAGUGUCUGCUGGUUGUUCCGUCAUCGUUGGUGAAUAAUUGGAAAAGUGAAUUUCGGAAAUGGUUCUGCGUAGGAAGGACUCCGGUUAUUGUAGCUGUUAAACCAUCGGACAUCACUACCUAUCCGUGCUCCUAUCAAACAUAUCCAUAUCUUGUUAUCAGCUACGAGAUGGCUCUGAGAUAUAUUGACAAAUUAAUCUCCGUCCGAUUUGAUAUACUGGUAUGUGAUGAAGGGCAUCGGUUGAAAAACAUCAAUUCGAAGCUGCGACUAGCGCUAGAUUCUUUGGCUGUGACUCGCCGACUUCUCCUCACUGGGACUCCACUUCAGAAUGAUGUUGAAGAAUUCUAUUCUCUUCUAGAUUUUAUAAGACCUACAAAGUUUGGCAGUUUGGCUGAAUUUAAAGCUAGAUGCAGGAAAGAGGAUGAAGAAUGGAGCGCAAUGAUCGCCGAUUGCGUUUUGAGACGAACAGCUGAAAUCAACAAUGCUCACCUUCCAGUUAAAAAUGAUUACAUCCUUUUCUGUGCUCCAUCCACUGUUCAAAAAUGCGUCCUCAACGCCAUUUGCAUGCAUAUCACUGGUGAGCCGCUGGUGCUGAUCGACAUGAUGCGAAAGACGGCAAAUCACCCAGCUAUACUCUACAAGAAGUUAUCAAAGAAUGUCACUGAGAAUUGCCGUGUUGAUUAUUCACCUCUGCUAUCUGCUUUUCCGAAAAAUUACGGUGAACGACCAGCGAGGUUGGCAGAUUCAGGCAAGUUGGCUGUCUUCGUGGAAAUGAUGGCUAGUUUUCGUCAGAAUGGAGAGUGUGCCGUAGUAGUUUCGAAUUUUACUAAGACACUGGACAUGCUUGCUUCACUAUGUUCUUCGCUUGGUUUAUGUGUUAUCAGAUUAGAUGGACAAACACCCGUUUCUGAUCGGCAUGCGCUCGUCACAAAAUUUAAUGCAGAACGCGAUCCGGAAAAUGUAUUUUUACUCAGUACAAAAGCAGGAGGUGUUGGGCUAAACCUUAUUGGCGCGUCCAGACUCAUACUCUUCGAUUCCGACUGGAACCCAGCCUCGGAUCUUCAAGCCAUGGCAAGAAUCUGGAGAGAUGGACAGACCAGACCUUGUCAUAUAUACAGACUGGUGACUGCGGGUACUAUUGAUGAAAAAAUUCUCCAAAGGCAAGUGAAGAAAACGGGACUGUCUUCAAUCAUAAGUCUCAAUGACCAAUCAUCAAAAUCGACAUUCCUUGACGAGGAUCUUGAAGAUAUAUUCAGUGUCAAGGAGAGUCUAUGCGAGACUCAUGAGCUGCUCAACUGUCAGUGUGGAGGAAUGGGUUUACUUUUGACCGAAAUGGAAGAGGAAGCUUGCGAUGAAAAUGAAGAAUCCCUGUUUGUUCAUGAAAAGUGCGAAGAAGACGAUUUUGAAAGGAACGAACAAGAAUUCAAAGCAACUGAUUCAUCCGCCUCAUCGGUAGUAGAUGAGCCAGCUACCAUGGCUGAGCUGUUUCGUUGGCGACAUUACUCACCUGAACAUACGGAAACAUGGGAUUACUUCAAAUCUGUUGCUGGAUUCUCUGAAACUUCUCUCAAUGAUCUCACUUUUGCUUUUCAUUUGUCGAGCAAGUUCUGAAAUAUGUCCCUUCUCCAUACAUAAUAUCUCUAUUCAUUCCCAGGAGUAUGCUGAACUGCCUGUUUUUCUGUGGAUAACUCCUGUAAUUAAUUUAUUCACUAACUGAUAAACACUGUUAAGGCC